GUCGGUCAGUGCAUUACUGAACGCAGCUCGCGGCAGUAGCCUCGCGAGGGCUGAAAAAAAGUAAAUGUUGUCUGUGAUUAAUUAUCUGUACCAGUGACAUAAUGGUGUGCAAAAUAGCGCCAAAAGUUGACAGCCACUCCCACAGAGUGAAUGGAGAAGCACAAGAUGCUGCAGAAAUAGCUGAUUACGAAACUGCGUUAGAUGCAGCCGGCUACGGCCGCUUUAGCCGCAGCGUGCUCGGCGCGUGCGCGUGCGCAUUCUUCACGACGGGCGUGCAGAACUGCGUGAUGUCGUAUGUGCUGCCGGCGGCGAGGUGUGAGCUGCAACUCACUACUUAUCAGGCUGGACUCAUCAAUAUGGCAUUUAUGAGUGGUGGUGUGGCCAGCGCAUUCUUUUGGGGUAUAGUUGGGGACGUGUUUGGUAGAAAAAACAUGCUCAGCAUGACACUGCUUGUAGAUUCUACUCUACUACUGGCCCAGAGCACGGUAUCUGACUACCGGCUACUUCUGGCCGCGAGGUCUAUUAACGGGUUUUUAGUUGGUGCACCAUCAACCCUAGUGUUCCCCUACCUCUCAGACCUGGUGGGGGUAAAAAAGCGGCAAUUUUAUCUAGAUUUGAUUGGUAUGAGUUUUGUAGCUGCGUGGCUUCUAUUACCAGCUGUCGCCUGGCUAGUAAUCCCCUUCAAACUGGCUACCUACUCCCAACUCCCAAUACACUCUUGGAGGCUGUACAUCGCCCUCGGUAGUAUCCCAGGGUUCGUGUCAGGUUUUUGGGUACUGUGCCUGCCUGAGAGCCCUAGACUCCUAUCCGACACUAACAGGGGCGACGAAGCAUUGAAGAUUAUGAAUGAAAUUCAUAAGGGGAAUAUAGGAUCUGGCGUUGAAUAUAAGAUAAAGAAGAUAAUCCAAGACAACAUAUUCGUAGCCAAGUCUCUAAAUGGUGAGGAGAAUAGGACCAAAGCGUUAUUCGUGAGCGUGCUAAAGGACCUCAAGGUAUUUGUGUCGAAAGCGUAUGCGGUCAAGUCUUCGCUGAUACUCUUUGUCUUUUUCGCUAAUAUGGCCGCUGGAUUCGGCCUCAACCUCUGGAUACCAGAACUCCUGCUCCGCACGCAAGGCAAAGACUGCAAGUCAGUAGCAGAACAGGCGAAGGUCUUCAACUCCACCAGCGCGUGGAAGGACAAGGGAUAUUCCGCUGAGGUAGACCGGUACAACGGGAGCUAUGGGGAGAAGGGAGAUACAUGCGAUGGGAUUAUUGACGAAUCUGUGUUCACGUCGGGGCUGAUAGUGGGCGCGUGCUGCGUGCUCGGCAACGUGGCGUGCGUGGCGGCGGCGCGCGGCGGCGGCGCGCGCGGCGUGCGGCGCUCGGGCGCGCUGUGCGCGGGCGCGUGCGCGCUGGCGUGCUGCGCGCUGGCGGCGGGCGCGUGCGCGUGCGCCGCCGCCGCCGCCGUGCCGGCCGCCGCGCUGCUCAACGCCGCCUCGCUCAACGGGAACGUGCUGCUGAUACGGCUGCUGCUGCACGCGCUGCCCGCUAGGCUGAGUGGUCUGGGCGUGUGCUGGGGCGCGUGGUGGGGGCGCGCGGGCGGCGUGGCGUCCAACCUGGCGGUCGGCGUGCUGCUAGACUACUCCUGCCCCGCGCCUUUCCUCGCCGUCGCCGCGCUGCUCACACUAUCAAUCGGUGCCAUCAUGAUGAUUAAGAUAGAAACUCCGGGCCAAGAGAAAACUGAAGAACUCUCAGAUAAGGGAUUCGAGAGAUAUAUCUCUACACACAUGUAGUAUUGUACAAUGGAUCUAUGGAUCAUUUCCAAUCGGAAAAUUGCCUACAUUUCCUGUAAAAUUAGCUCGAUGUGUGGAUUUCGUGCAAUUAAGCUUAUAACUUGACGCUUAAUAUCUGAUAAUAAGUCUGCAAUUUACAUUGUAAUCAUUGCAACAAUUAAAUUGGCCGAAAUUCGUAUGCUUGUGUGCGUUCGUGUGUUUUACAGAUAACUGUGUGCGUGGAUUUAUGCAAUGAAAAAGAUGUUACGCCAAUGGCUUAUAUUUUUGAUGCUUGGUUAAUUAAAAAAUUAUUUUUUUUAUAUAUUUUGUUAUAGCGUGAUUGGUAUUUAUAAUAAUUUAUUUUUAACUGCGUGAAAUUUAAUUUAUGUAUUAUUUAAUAUUAUAUCGAAUCUUCUUUAGAACUUUUACGUUAAAAAUAUAAAACAACAAACGACACCCUUUAUUGAACGAAUCAACUAAAUUGUCUCACUUGCUCUUUGAGGGUACGCGUAAGGAAAUAAUUUAACCUUGCGACACUAAUCAAGAUAAUAAGACAUACUAAUGAAUUUGUUGUAUUGUACCUUCACACAAUGUUUGAGUUAAAUCUGUCCCUUUAGAAUGGUUCAAAAUAGAGUUUAAAAGAGUCAGUUAUAU